GUCAUGGUCUGUCCCGCUCUCCGCAACCCACAUCCGUACAACAUGUCCCAGCAACAUAGACAAAGGUUCAACCACCGCAAGUACCCUCAAGAACAAGGCUCUUCCCCUGCCUGCCCAAUUGUUAUUCCACCUUCACCUUCGGGGGACAACAGUGCUUGGAAUUUGAGCAUGCCAGAUCCUUCUCUAGCCCUAGAGGCUUUUGCAUGGCCCUCACUGUGGUUCGACGUGCCGUCAUUAACACCACCCGUAUCUACUGGCCAGCUCACACCUCAUUCGUUUGACGUACUCGACACCCUUCCGGACCUCAUCCAUUCGGAUACAAAGACGCCCGAUGCGUCCCCUGUUUCCUUGCGUGACGCAUGUACAACUCCAACUCAGGAGUCUAGUAAUGUUGUGGCUGUCUGCGAUGUGCCCCUUGUUGCCCCGCGUCCGCUUCCUUUCACGCCACCUGCCUUUUUGCAAUUCGAUUGCUUACCCGAUGAAGAUGAGGACCUUUCUUUUCCGCCAUACACUCAUAGCCGGCGCCACUUGUGCGAUACCAAAGAACACAAACAAAACCCGCGCAAACGCCCUGCACCGCCGUUAGAUACCGCAACUACCUCCGUAGGCGAAACCGGUACAAUCAAUAUGCUUCCUUCAAUUUCUAAGAAGCGCAGACGACUCGCGCACGGCGAGAAUGCGGCGCCUAUGAUUUCGCCCGCGCAGCCCGCAGUUUUCUUCAAUAGCAGAGGGCCCUUUCUUGACCCGCGGGUUGGACAUUUCACCCGCGACGGAAUGAUAGGUUGGAUCUAGUGCCUUCCUCAAAUUGGAUCGUCGUGAUUUGAAUCGACAAGAGUGAUUGUGAAGCAGCCAGCGCUGCCCUAUCAUAUGCUAUGAAGCAGAUUGAUACUCGCACGCGGACGCCCGGGUUUCUCUAAGGAUACAUGUAUUAUGAUAUCCGAGAAGGAACUGUGGGAGGUUUCUAACUGCAACUCGGAUUGCGAUGCGAAGCGAAGUGCCUCGCCUAAACUGGAGAAACCUAGGCUGGGUUUAUAGGAACACGCUUUAUCGCCAGCAACUGCCUGCGUCCGCGUCGGACUGUGCCACGCUAGCUCGGCAGACGUAUGCUGCUUCAUGACUUUCUCAGCGGAACUGGGUAUUGCAAUGCUCCGUUGAAUGUGCCGAAGUCGAGAGCUGGGAACAUCGCGUGCAGAGGGACGAAGAACCUGCGCCGGCCUCCCACUGCGGCACUAUUAAUGGUUCUCGAGGUCAGUCGGGCGCAUGGAAUGUGGAUCACAUCGGAAGAAAUGCAACGCUGGCUUCAGAGCCCGAAUCCGAAGUACUCGCAGAUAGAUGGGCACACGACAGGACUGGAGCAAAUACGCGCGCGGCGAUGUAAGCCUGACACAUGAUGAGAUCGUGUAUGGACAUGGGGAACCCCAAGGACAUCGCCUGAGCCGCGCUAGCGCGAAGCCUCGGAUUCGGAGAGUGGUAUUCGGGUACUUGGUUUUGAUUCUCAGAUAUCGCGUAUCCAUGACGCUUCUAGAUCUGCCGUCUUCCUUAAUUUUCCAUUUUCGUUCUGCAUGAUCCAAUUUUCAAAGUUCCAUUUCGUUUUGCACGAUAAUUGUGUGCCAUUCAUAAUGCGUGCACGUUGCACUGCGAAGUCCAAUCACCAUUACUAUAUACGACGUCAGGGAAGACGCUAGUUUUCAAUUUCGUAUGUAACAAGGUGCCGGGCCCCAUUGACAUGGCGUUGUCAAUCCCGCUUCAGGCUUGCUUGGCCUGUCUGAUGCGUUGACUAGACUAGACUGCAAUGUAAUCAUCCGGGGAUACGGACGCC